AUGAUACUCCACCACUUUACCACCUUCAUUGGCCUUCUCGCCCUCUCAUUGGCCACAGUCGCCUCCAAUUUACGAAACCUCGAAUACGGCGACCUCAAUUUCCUCCACACCACAGAUACUCAUGGCUGGUACCUGGGCCACUUGAACCAGAAGACGUAUAGUGGAGACUGGGGCGACUUUGUCUCUUUUGCACACCACUUGAAGGAAUUGGCUCAUGAGAAGGGGCACGAUCUUUUGCUUAUUGAUAGCGGAGACCGCCACGACGGGAAUGGCCUUUCUGAUAUCACUAGUCCCAAUGGUGCUAGGUCGCUUCCUAUCUUUAUCAAGCAGGACUACGACUUGUUGACUUUGGGCAACCAUGAGCUUUACCUUGCAGAGAACUCAGAGCAGGAGUACGAUAUAGUGGCUGCUCACUUUAAGGAGAACUACGUUAGCACGAACGUGGAGUACUUGGAGAAGGAUGAGUGGGUGCCGUUGGGGAAUAAGUAUAAGUACUUUAGGACUCCUAUUCACGGCACGAGGAUUUUGGCGCUUGGGUUUAUGUUUGAUUUUGCCAGGUAUAACGAGAAGACGAGGGUGACUUCAAUUGCUGAGGUUAUCCGGAAGGACUGGUUCCAGGAGAUUCUCGAUAAGUACCCUGCUGAGAGCGUGGACACCAUCGUGGUGGUUACACAUGUGCCUAUUACCAGGGACUGGAACGAGUUGGGUGUUUUGCAUGCCGAGUUGAGGACCCAUUACCCAGAAACGAAGAUUGAGUACUUUGGCGGGCACAGUCACAUUCGGGACUUUGUCGUGUAUGAUGAAAAGCUGGUGGCACUUCAGAGCGGCCGGUUCUGUGAAACUGUGGGCUUUUUAGGCGUCAAUUUGAAUUCCUCGUCGCUGGAGGCUUCCGAUACGUUUACCAGAAGGUACAUUGAUUUCAAUACUGAUCUGUUCUUGCACCAUACGAAGAAAGAGUCGCUUGAGGCGUUGGAGACAAAGAAAGGUAACCACGUCAAGCAAUUGAUCGCUGACGCUCGUAAAGAUUUGGGCUUGGAUGACGUUAUUGGCUAUGUCAACAAUUCAAACUACUAUAUGGACUACGUGCCCGUGUCUCAUCCCAAGAACCUCUUUAGGUUGCUUGCCAAAAAAGUACUUCCAACGCUUGAUGCCGAGGAAGGCGUCGAAACCAGUGACGAAAGGCUUAUCAUUAUUAACACUGGUUCGGUGAGGUACGAUUUGUACAAGGGCCCUUAUACUAUCGAUACUCACUACAUCGUCUCGCCAUUCCAGAAUCAGUGGGUCAAGGUGACUGUUCCAAAGUACAUCGCAAGGCAGAUUGCCCCACAGUUAAACAAGAAUGGGUACAUUUUGGCCCUGGCUGAAAAGCAAAACAAGGAGGUUCGUUCGCUUAAACCACCUCAUCAGACCGCCAGAGAUAUCAACAACAAGCGUAACCAGCAGCCAAUUGAUUUUGACGGGUUUGACGAAGAUUUGGAUGUACAUGUCACCAAGCUUAAAAAAGGGUAUGUGACGUACGAUGACUUUGGAAAUAAGGGUGACGAUACUCCUCACAAAGCUGUGAUCAACUACCCUAUUCCAAACGUCGUUCAGAGUGUUGAGCUUGACCAUACCGACCGUAGGGCUCCAGUGGAUGUGGUCUUUUACGAUUUUAUCACGCCAAACGUCAAAGAAGUCUUUGAACAGCUCGACUACCCAAUGCCAGAAGUGGAAUUCUACUCCAACCACUACUUGGGCAAGUUACUCAACGACUACGUUGCCAAGAAUGAAAUCUAG